AUGGAGAAGGAAAAAAUUUAUGAUCGUCAGCUAAGGCUAUGGGGAGUAAAAGCACAAAACAGGAUGAUGAAAUCGAACGUGUUAGUUGUUGGUUUGAGUGGUAUAAAUAUUGAAUUAUGUAAGAAUUUAAUUUUGAAUGGUAUAAAUAUUACCAUAAUAGAUAAUAAUAUAGUUGAUGAAGAAGAUAUAGAAAAUAUAUUUUUUCUGAACGAACAUGAUAUGAAGGAAUAUAUGAGUGUACCAAUAUUUAAAGAAUUAAAAAGUAUUAAUCAAUUAAUUAAUAUAAAAUCAUUUAUUGGACAUAUAAAUUUGGAUACAAAUAAUAUAAUAAUUGAAAAAGAAUUAAUGUAUAAAGAUAAUGAAAUAAUCCAAGAAGAAAAAAUAAUAAAUGAUUGUUCAUAUGAUAUAUGUGAUUAUAUAACAAAUUAUACUUGUGUAUGUAUUUCAUGUGAAGAUUAUCCUUUAUAUAAAUUAACAAAAAUAAAUGAAAUAUGUCAUGAAAAAAAUAUAGGAUUUUUUGCUAAUAUGUGUCAUGGAAAAUAUGCUUUUUUAUUUUCUGAUUUUGGAAAACAUAUAAUUGAAGAAUCUUAUUAUAAAAUAAAAAAUGAUGAUAAUAAAAAAGGUAAUGAUAAUAGUAUUGAAGUUCAAUAUUGUACUCUUUCUCAUUUCUUAAAAGUACCCUUCUCAAAUUUAGAUAAAAAAACUAAUGAUAUUAUUUAUUAUGUUUUUGCAUUAAUAUUAUAUGAACAGGAUAAAAAAAUGAAUAAACAAAAUAAACAAAUUGAUGAACAAGAAUUCUUAAACUUUUAUAAUAAAUUAGCAAACAAAACAAAUACUCAAAAUCCUACAGAAUUAUGUAAAACAUAUAAAAUUAAUUUCUCACCAUCAUGUUCUAUCAUGGGGGGAGUUACUUCUCAAGAAAUUAGAAAAUUUAUAUCCAGACAACAUGAAUCCAUACCAAACUUUUGUGUUUUUGAUAUGAAUCAAAAUAUUGUUUGUACAUCAAUGAUUAAAUGA